AUGGCGCUAUGCCGUGUUUGGCCAAUCGCAGGCGGCGCGGCUCGCGGGCUGACGCCCAGAGAGGCGCUAGGACGAGGUUGCGUGGUGUCGGGUGGGGGCGUGGGGAUGGGGUCGGCCGCUGGAUGGGCGGGUGGGAAGGCACGGGCUGUCUCUGGAGGGAGUGGGGCUGGUGGGCAUCAUGCCCUGAGUGUCACGGGCCCAGCCGCUGGGAUCCUACCCAGAAACAGGUGGAGCUGGUUCCGAGGAAACCUCGCCGGGCUUCCGCCGCCUCGACAAGUCUCCAUUCAUCUGGCCGCUCCGUGGACGGGUCGCUACGUGCCGGGCCCAGGUGUCACAGAGAGGAAUCAGACACAGCCUUUCUGGCAUGUGCCUACCGUGUGGUAG